GUGGGGAGGCCGGCGCCGCCAACUCCUUGCUGCCGCGGCGCGGAGGAGUGAGGAGCCAGGGCGAACUUCCACCUUCGGCGCUGGCACCGGUGCCUCGCUCCGCGCUGGAUCAGGAUGGUGGGGCUGACAGCCUCAGACGUGCCCCCGACCAUGGCGGUCAAGAUCUUCUCAGCCGGAGUGGCGGCCUGCGUGGCGGAUGUGAUCACCUUCCCGCUGGACACGGCCAAAGUCCGGCUACAGGUAGCGAGCGCGAUCCAAGGCGAAUGCCAGACCUCCCGAGCUGUUAGGUAUAAAGGUGUCCUGGGAACAAUCACCACUCUGGCAAAAACAGAAGGGCCAGGGAAGCUCUAUAGCGGGCUGCCUGCUGGCCUACAGAGACAAAUAAGCUUCGCCUCUCUUAGGAUCGGCCUCUAUGAUACCGUCCAGGAGUUCUUCACCACAGGGAAAGAAACUAGUUUAGGAAGCAAGGUCUCAGCGGGCCUCACAACUGGAGGCGUGGCCGUGUUCAUUGGGCAACCCACAGAGGUGGUGAAGGUCAGACUGCAAGCACAGAGCCAUCUCCAUGGUCCCAAACCUCGCUACACUGGUACCUACAAUGCUUACAGAAUUAUAGCCACUACAGAAGGUGUGACGGGGCUCUGGAAAGGGACUACUCCCAAUCUGACAAGAAAUGUCAUCAUCAAUUGUACAGAGCUAGUGACGUAUGACCUGAUGAAGGCGGCCCUUGUGAAAAACAAACUAUUAGCAGAUGACGUGCCCUGCCACUUUGUGUCCGCUGUUAUCGCUGGAUUUUGCACAACUGUUCUGUCCUCUCCAGUGGAUGUGGUGAAAACCAGGUUUGUUAACUCUCCACCAGGACAGUACACAAGUGUGCCCAACUGCGCAAUGACGAUGCUUACUAAGGAAGGACCAUCAGCUUUCUUCAAAGGAUUUGUACCUUCCUUCUGGCGACUCGGAUCCUGGAAUGUCAUUAUGUUUGUGUGCUUUGAACAGCUGAAACGAGAACUGAUGAAGUCAAGGCAGACCGUGGACUGUGCCACAUAA